AUGGAAGAAGAUGAACUUUUUAGAGAAAAAACAUUCCAGCAUUAUUGUGCAGAAUUCAUCAAACAUUCACAGCAGAUAGGUGAUGGUUGGGAAUGGAGAACUUCAAAGGACUGUUCUGAUGGAUAUAUGUGCAAAAUACAUUUUCAAAUAAAAAAUGCGACAGUGGUAUCACAUCCAGGGACAUCUGCCCAUGUACAGACAUGUCUUCUUAUGGAGGAGGCUUUAGAGUUACCCCUUGAUGAUUCUGAAGUGACUGAGGCCGCAGCAGCAACCGAAGUGAUUAAAUAUGAGUAUCACGUCUUGUAUUCCUGUAGCUACCAAGUGCCUGUGCUUUACUUUAGGGCAAGCUUUUUAGAUGGGAGACCCUUAUCUCUGAAGGACGUCUGGGAAGGAGUCCACGAGUGCUAUAAGACGCGGCUGCAGCAGGGACCCUGGGACACCAUUACCCAACAGGAACAUCCCAUACUUGGGCAACCCUUUUUUGUACUCCAUCCCUGCAAGACGAAUGAAUUUAUGACUCCCGUAUUAAAGAAUUCUCGAAAAAUCAAUAGGAAUGUCAACUACAUCACAUCUUGGCUGAGCAUUGUUGGGCCAGUUGUUGGGCUGAAUCUACCGCUGAGUUAUGCCAGAGCAGCCUCUCAGAAUGAAUGA